AUGCGGCGCAUAUCAAAUACAGACGCUUCGUUUUUCUACGCAGACACCCAGCGCACACCGAGUGUCGUGGGCGGGUUGAUGAUCUACGAUCAAUCGACGGCUGGUCGUGGAAAAGUACGCUUCAAGGAGAUCCUCUCCUGGAUAGAGGACCGUCUCCAUCUUUGGGGCCCGUUCACGCAGCGCCUGGUGCGGGUGCCGUUCGAUCUUGAUCUGCCUUACCUGGCUGAAGAUCCCAAUUUUGACGUGGAAUUCCAUGUCCGCCACCUGUCAUUGCCGAAGCCGGGUGACUGGCGUCAGCUUUGUAUUCUCGCAUCGCGUCUUUACUCGCGCCCUCUCGACAUGAACCGUCCCCUUUGGGAGGUGAACGUCAUUGAGGGGCUGGACAAGGUUGAGGGGCUGCCAAAGGGCAGCUUCGCUGUGUUGGUGAAACUCCAUCACAUGGUGGUCGACGGAAUGGGGACGGUGUCGCUAUUGCAGGCACUCCACUCAGAUACAAAGGUCGCAACACCACCCCGCGCCCCGGUUAGGGACACCGGCAGCGUUAAGCCGCUGCCUGGUGAUAUGACGAUGAUUACCAAGUCGCUGCCCUCGCUCGCGCGGCAACCGUUGACGACAGCGCAGUCGGCUCUCUCGCUGGUGAGGGGCGAACUGAAAGCCCGGCGGCUCAAGUCUGAAAACAAUGUGGCGAGCGCUCCGUCAGCGCCUAUGACCCGUUUCAACAAAGAAGUCUCGCCUUACCGCGUCUUUGAGGCGGUCGAUUUCAAACUGGAUGAUUUCAGGCACAUCAAAAAGCUGGUGGAGCGCGCCUCAGUGAAUGAUGUGGCUAUUGCCGUCUGCGGUGGCGCAAUGCGUCGCUAUCUCGCGGCGACAAACGAACUACCAGAUGAAUCGCUGGUCGCCAUGUGUCCCAUUUCCGUGCGGACAGGACCCGCGGGCAUGGAAGCGGGCAAUCAGAUCACAGAUAUGACGGUCGCCAUGGGAACGGACAUUGCAGAUCCUCUGCAGCGGCUCCAGGCGGUGAAGAUGCGCACCGAUGAUGCCAAGCAGCUGGCCCAGACCCGUGGUUCGGAAAUGCUGGAAAGCGUGAUGGGGCUUGUCAGUCCCGCAACCGCUUCCUGGUUCUUCCGGUCAGCUGAAGGCAUGAAGUGGAUUUCCCGCAUCAAGCCGGUCUGCAAUACGUUUGUCUCAAACGUGCCGGGCAUCCCUCAUGACAUGUAUUUCUCCGGCGCCAAGCUCGUCCGGUCUUAUGGUCUGGCACCGCUCGGCGACGGCAUGGGGAUUUUCCACGCAAUCACCGGUUACCAAGAUCAAUUGUCGGUCUGUGUCACGGCCGACAGAGAAAUGCUGCCUGACCCGUCUUUCUAUGCGGAAUGUGUGCAGGCAUCGUUUGAAGAAUACAAAGCACUGGUUGAAGACGACGAUGGGGAAGAUCAAACAGUCGUCUAUCUUGAAUAG